GGACUCUUGUGCUGAUAUUUUAUUUCCAACAAUUCUUUUUGACACUUUCUACGUCUCCAUAAAGCUGUAGCCAACAAGUGAAGGGAGAAUUUUUACCCUCGCCCACCUGAAGAGUUUCUCUUUGUUUUUAACGGACAAUUAAGUCCACCUGCUCGAACCUCACCUCACAGGAGAGCCAAAAUGGGGUAUGGAAGGUCAGACAGCUACCGCGUGGCCACCACGCAGGACAAGGACGAGAAGGAGUCACCCAAGAAGAAAGGAGGCAAGGGUAUGGACGACCUCAAGAAGGAAGUCCCCAUCACGGAGCACAAAAUGUCUGUGGAGGAAGUUUGCAGGAAGUACACCACUGACAUCGUCCAGGGUCUGACCAACGCAAGGGCUGCCGAGUACCUGGCCCGAGAUGGCCCCAACGCCCUGACCCCGCCGCCCACCACUCCGGAGUGGGUCAAGUUCUGUCGCCAGCUGUUUGGCGGCUUCUCCAUCCUGCUGUGGAUCGGCGCCAUCCUCUGUUUCCUGGCCUACGCCAUCCAGGCCGCCACGGAGGACGAGCCCGCCGGGGACAAUUUGUACCUCGGUAUCGUGUUGUCGGCCGUGGUCAUCAUCACCGGCUGCUUCUCUUACUUUCAAGAGGCCAAGAGCUCCAAGAUCAUGGAGUCCUUCAAGAACAUGGUCCCCCAGCAAGCGCUGGUGAUCCGCGAAGGGGAGAAGAUGCAGAUCAAUGCCGAGCAGGUGGUGGCCGGAGACCUGGUGGAGGUGAAGGGGGGAGACCGAAUCCCCGCCGACCUCCGCAUCAUCUCUUCCCACGGCUGCAAGGUGGACAACUCCUCCCUGACUGGCGAAUCGGAGCCUCAGACCAGGUCGCCGGAUUGCACCCAUGAAAAUCCUCUGGAGACCCGGAACAUCGCCUUCUUCUCCACAAACUGUGUGGAAGGCACAGCUCGCGGCAUCGUGGUGUGCACGGGUGAUCGCACGGUGAUGGGCCGCAUCGCCACCCUCACUUCGGGCCUGGAGACCGGCAAGACGCCCAUCGCCAAGGAGAUCGAGCACUUCAUCCACAUCAUCACCGGCGUGGCCGUCUUCCUCGGCGUCUCCUUCUUCGUCCUCUCGCUGGUCCUGGGCUACUCCUGGCUGGAGGCCGUCAUCUUCCUCAUCGGCAUCAUCGUCGCCAACGUGCCCGAAGGCCUGCUGGCCACAGUCACGGUGUGUCUCACUCUAACUGCCAAGCGCAUGGCCCGCAAGAACUGCCUGGUGAAGAACCUGGAGGCAGUGGAGACGCUAGGUUCUACCUCAACCAUCUGCUCAGACAAGACGGGCACCCUGACCCAGAACAGGAUGACGGUGGCUCACAUGUGGUUUGACAACCAGAUCCACGAGGCCGACACGACCGAGGACCAGUCAGGCUCCUCCUUCGACAAGAGCUCCCAGACUUGGGUGUCCCUGGCCCGUAUCGCCUCGCUGUGCAACCGUGCCGUGUUCAAGGCCGGCCAGGACUCGCUGCCCAUCCUCAAGCGUGAGGUGGCCGGCGACGCCUCCGAGUCGGCGUUGCUCAAAUGCAUUGAGCUGUCUUGCGGCACCGUCAAGGCCAUGAGGGACAAGAACAAGAAGGUGGCUGAGAUACCCUUCAACUCCACCAACAAGUAUCAGCUUUCCAUUCACGAGAGCGAGGACGAGUCGGAGAACCGCUACCUGCUGGUGAUGAAGGGGGCACCCGAGAGGAUCCUGGACCGCUGCUCCACCAUCAUGUUGCAGGGCCGCGAGCAGCCCAUGGACGACGAGAUGAAGGAGGCCUUCCAGAACGCUUACUUGGAACUGGGAGGCCUCGGGGAGCGAGUGCUGGGCUUCUGCCACCUCUUCCUCCCAGAGGACUCCUACCCAAAAGGUUUUGCGUUUGACACGGACGACGUCAACUUCCAGACGGACAAUCUUUGCUUCGUGGGCCUCAUGUCCAUGAUCGACCCACCCCGCGCCGCCGUCCCCGACGCUGUUGGCAAGUGUCGCUCCGCCGGCAUCAAGGUCAUCAUGGUGACCGGCGACCAUCCGAUCACAGCUAAGGCCAUCGCCAAGGGUGUGGGCAUCAUCUCCGAGGGCAACGAGACGGUCGAGGACAUCGCCGCGCGUCUCAACAUCCCCGUGAGUCAGGUGAACCCCAGGGACGCCAAAGCCUGCGUGAUCCACGGGACAGACCUGAAGGACCUCGACCAGGACCAGAUGGACGACAUUUUAAGGAACCACACGGAGAUCGUCUUUGCCAGAACCUCACCUCAGCAGAAGCUCAUCAUCGUCGAAGGCUGCCAGAGACAGGGCGCCAUCGUAGCCGUGACGGGCGACGGCGUCAACGAUUCUCCCGCCCUCAAGAAGGCCGACAUCGGCGUCGCCAUGGGGAUCUCCGGCUCGGACGUAUCCAAACAAGCCGCCGACAUGAUCCUGCUAGACGACAACUUUGCCUCCAUCGUCACGGGCGUGGAGGAAGGCCGUCUCAUCUUUGACAACCUGAAGAAGUCCAUCGCUUACACGCUCACCAGCAACAUCCCCGAGAUCACCCCCUUCCUCUUCUUCAUCCUGGUCAACAUCCCGCUCCCUCUGGGUACCAUCACCAUCCUCUGCAUCGACCUAGGCACAGACAUGGUGCCGGCCAUCUCGCUGGCGUACGAGGCAGCCGAAAGCGACAUCAUGAAGCGUCAGCCCAGGAACCCGAUGAGAGACAAACUGGUCAACGAGAGGCUCAUCAGCAUCGCUUACGGACAGAUCGGUAUGAUCCAAGCUCUCGGCGGCUUCUUUGCCUACUUCGUCAUCAUGGCAGAGAACGGCUUCCGGCCCUUCGUACUGAUGGGAAUUCGCCUCAACUGGGACGACCGCUCCAACAACGACCUGGAGGACAGCUACGGCCAACAAUGGACGUACGAGCAACGCAAGAUUGUGGAGUUCACGUGCCACACGGCCUUCUUCGUCAGCAUCGUGGUGGUGCAGUGGGCUGACGUCAUCAUCUGCAAGACCAGACGCAACUCCGUCUUCCAGCAGGGCAUGAGGAACAAGAUUCUGAUCUUCGGCCUCUUUGAGGAAACGGCUCUGGCCGCCUUACUGUCCUACUGCCCUGGCAUGGAUGUAGCGCUACGGAUGUACCCGCUCAAGGCUAGCUGGUGGUUCUGCGCCUUCCCGUACAGUUUCCUCAUCUUUGUUUACGAUGAGAUCCGAAAGCUCAUCCUGCGCCGAAAUCCUGGAGGAUGGGUGGAAAGGGAGACAUACUAUUAAAUUAUCAAAACAUCAUAAAUGUCGCAUCAUCAGCCCCCCCCCCCUUUUGUCUCCUCCUCACCCUUUCACAAGCCCCGCCCCUCACCCCACGUACAAAUGCUAGACCACAACGUGGUGUCCAUUGUUGUUGUUUACAUUUAGAGAAGUGCGCGUUGCCACGGUGACAAGCUGCCGAUGUUUACUCUUGCGCCAUCUUCUCCACUAACAAAAACAAAAGAGAUGGCGCCGGGACCAACGACGGAGAGGGAGAGGAUGUUGCCACGCAUCCUCGCCGUCAUAUUUUUUGUCCAACACUCAGCUCGAAACUGCCAACCGCCGCCAUUGUGCCAAUGCUUGUUGCCAUGGCGCCCAAAGUCGCCGUCGAUGCCGUGCCGUUUGUCAGAAAUCCAGUGCGAGGUUUGAGCGCCUUUUGUUUCCCGCUUGGUGGAGGAGUGGAUAGCACACCUGCCUCACAGUGCUGAGGUUUUGGGUUUGAACCCCUCCUCCGUGUCACCCCCACCCCCCCCCCCCAUCCUUCCACAGUGUUUGUGCUUGUUUUUUAACAAAUGAGUGACUGGUUGUUUUUUUUAAAUAUUUUUAUCUGUGAGUUGAGUGUCAGCUGUUUGUUUUCAUUGGCACGUGACAAAGCACACCAUCUGGCCCUCCUCUUCAGCCCUCCAUCUUGGCCCCACGCGCCCCCCCACCCGUCAUACGUGUUGAUGCUUGUCUUGUUGGUGACACACGCCGUCCUUGUAAAAGCACCCGGCCGGGGUGGGCAAACGUUGGUGAGUCAUCAGGCAUGGAUUUUAUUUUUUAAUUUUUUUUAAUGGGAUCCAAAUUCAUCGCUGUCAAAACAUUUCAGAAUAGCACAAUCACAAAACAAAACAUAGCAAUAAAAAGAGUAAUGACAAUGUCCGUGUUUUGUUAUAUUCCCAAAAUAAUAUUACAAUAUUUCACAAACUCCGCCCGGGUGUGUAAACUUAUGAGAACAACCGUACGGCUUAAUUCAUGCAGCGAGCCACACUUUGCCCACUCCUGCUGCAAACUCUUUCCAAGUUCCGAGUACUGGGAAAAAGAGAUUUCUCUCCCAUUUCAUGAUUUGAAGCACUGGAAACAAAACAGUAGCAAAAACUACAAUGUUUGAAAAUAAAUUAGAAUAAAA